AUGGAUAGAAAAUUUUCGCUUGAAAGUAAAAUUAAUAAAAGAAAUACGAAUUCAAGUGGAAUUGAUGUGAAAAGUUUGGCACAUUACAUAAUUAAUCCUAAAGAUUUACGAGAAGAUUAUCCAACAUGGCAUUACUUUUAUCUUUGCACAUUGAUAGUUUUUGCAUUCAUCGCUUUGUUUAUUAUACCUGUUGUUUUUGGUAUGCUGGCAAUAAUUGGUGGUAUUGGCACUCCGUUUAUUUUAUCAAUUUUUGGAAGCUUCUUUGGUCUUUUCCUUGGAGCUGUAUUCGGUGUUGUAUUUGCAGUAGUUUGUAUUAUUCUCUUAUUUAAGUCUGUUGGUUGUGCUGCUGAAUGGGUCUUGGAGGCUCUUUCGAAUGGCGAAAAGAUUUAA